AUGGCUCGCUCACUCGCCCUUGUCGCGCUUUUCGGCGCCGCUGCAAUGGCGGCUCAAUCUACUACCGUCUCUCUGCUACUACCCUAUACCCUUCGCCAUGCUUACUUUGGCUCUGUUAUUGGCGCUGAUAGCACGGCUACGACGUACGCCUAUGGGUGUGCACCUGGACUCAAUGGAGUCAAACCCGAUGACGAAGACUGCGGCUUUGGAAAAAGCCAGACCGUUACUCAGGGCCCUAGCACAUGGAUUUACACUUAUACUAUUGAGGAGGGCUCUGUCACCCUGGGCGGUCACUGCAAGCUCUCCAGCGCGGUAGACUUGGGUUCAUGCACCAUCUACACAUACGCAACAAGCACCGACGGCAGCGUCACUUCCUCUACGUCCUCGGGCACCCAGCCGUUCCUCACGUUCCAGGUUCCCGUCACCAUUACCGCCGGCCUCGAGAAGCUCCCGGCCGCUCCCGGCUCCACGGCCACGGAUGGUUCAACUUCUGCUCCUACAAGCACUGGUGCUUCUGAGACUUCGCAGACGAGUGCUUCUUCGGGAGCUGCGUCUACGAGUCUUGCUAAGGAGACGACUAUUUCUUCGGGUGCUGCGUCGACGACUAUUGCUGAGCAGACAACCGUUGUGAGCACUGGUACCAGCACUUCUUCUACUACUGCUGCGCCUAGUAGCACCAACGCUGCCGGUCUUAUGAACGCUCAGAAUGGUUUGUUGGCUGGUGUGGCUGCUGUUGUCGGUGGUGUUAUGAUGUUGUAG